UAGCGUGUGUAUUUGUGUAUCUGUGUGUGUCAAUAAAAUUCAGAGAGUGAAAGUUUGAUUGGAUUUUUUUUUAAUUUUGUUAAUUUAUCCAUAAUAAUAUAACUGAUUAAUCAAUUUUCGUUAUUGACUUUAAAAUAUUUUAUUAAUUUAAAAAAAUGGUUACAACCAUGUCGACAAUGCCGACAUUGUUGAAAAAAGACAACAAAACUGAAAUAAUCAAACAUUGUUCAUCAUUAAAGGACAUUGAUGUAUUGCGACAGACUAUUUAUAAUCUUGGUCUUCAGGUAGUCCAUGGAGAAGUUACUGCCGAUUUAGCUGUUACAACUUUUUAUGAAAUAAUUAAAUCUAAUGAACAAAUUAUAAGUAUUCUGAGCGAUGUCAUCACCAUAUUGGAUAUUGAAAGUCAAGUACUUGGCCAGAUUGAUUCAAAUAAACGAGAAAACUUUAUUGAAUUUCUUAAACUAUCUAAUAAUAAUAUAAUUUCCGAUUGGUUGCUCAAAGAACGGCUCGAUUAUUCAACUUUAGCUGAUGCUAAAGUAAUCAACAAUGAAAAAGCGGCAUCGACAAAAUUCAUCAAAUUAAAAACCAAGUUAUAUUAUAAACAGCAAAAAUUCAAUCUUUUUCGUGAAGAAAGCGAAGGUUAUAGUAAAUUAUUUACUGAACUAUGUCAGGAUGGUCAAUUUGAUCCUGAUUACAUGUUGAAUGCAAUCAAAUCAUUAAUUGGCUGUUUUAACCUCGAUCCGAAUCGUGUGCUUGAUAUUAUCCUCGAAUGUUUUGAAGCUCGUCUGUAUCUUCGUGAUUCUUUUAUAAAAUUAAUCAAAAAUUUCUCCAACAAUCCUGUAACUUUGAAUCAAAUAUUAGCAUUUAAAUUUAGCUUCUAUAAUGAUAGCGAUAGCGGAAUCGAAGAUCCAUCUGCAUUAUACGAUGUGGCCGCUCUUCUUUUACACAAUAACUUGAUUUGCAUAGAAAACCUAUAUCCAUAUCUUUUUCCAUCAGAUUCGAAAAUCUGUGAAUUGUAUCAAAAUGAUUUGAAUGAGGCAAAAAAUUUCCACAAAAAAGUCUCAGCAAUUUUAGCCGUAGAAGGAGCCAAACAUGAAGAUAUUAACAUAUUUGAAGAAGUUCGAUCACAAAAUAUCGAUGGAAAUCAAAAACUUGGCUUUAUUUUGGCCCUAUUAAAAUUAGGUGAUUGGCCUAAUGCUCAAAAAUUAAUACAAAUGUUACCUGAACAUUUCGCCAUAUCAUAUCCAGAUAUUGGCGAUGCAUUAAGUCAAUUGGUGCACUAUCUUAUCGGUCCAUUAUAUAAACGAAUGUCAACAUUACCUUCCGUACUAUCCGCACGCAUUCCUUUGCACGAAGGCAAUUUUUCGUUUGAACCAAUUGAAGAUAUGAAUGAAUUUCGAACAAGGAUUAUGCCCAUGGUUUUAACCUUUGGUCCUUAUCUAUACCGGGAUCCUUUGCUUAUGACAAAACUACUCAGAGUUAUACGUUCUGCUUUGCAGGCGAAUUUCGAUGAUUUUCGUUAUGAAGUUAUAAAUCUUUUAAACGUUACUAUUUUACCAUCGUUUUCUCUAAUUGAAAGCAAUUCUGCUCUUGGUGAAGAGCUUUGGUCAUUAAUGCGAUUGUUUCCAUACAAUGAACGAUUUCUUUUGUAUAACAUUUGGAAAGUCGAACCAACAAAUCCAUUGCUUAUAAAAAUGAAAUGUUUCACAAUGCGUCGUAUCAAAUAUAUUAUGAAACGGAUAAGCAAAGAUAAAGACAGUAUUAAGCAAUCUGGAAGAUCAAUAGGCAAGCUUAGCCAUUCAAAUCCAACAUUUUUAUUUGAAUAUAUGCUAGGACAGAUUCAAUCGUACGAUAACUUAAUUGGACCUGUGGUUGAUUCGCUUAAAUAUCUUUCAUCUGUAUCAUACGAUGUUUUAUUAUUUUGUGUCAUUGAAGCAUUAUCGAACCCAACCCGCGAACAUUCGAAACAUGAAGGCACGAGUAUUUCACCUUGGCUUCUUAGUUUAGCCAAUUUUUGUGGAUCUGUUAUUAAAAAAUAUCAAAUUGAAUUACCUGGUUUAUUACAGUUUGUUGCCAAUCAACUGAAACUGGGAAAAUGUCUGGAUCUGUUAAUCUUAAAAGAAAUUGUACAAAAAAUGACCGGCAUAGAAACUUCAGAAGAAAUGACCAAUGAACAACUUGAAGCAAUGAGCGGUGGUGAAUUACUUCGUACUGAAGGUGGAUCAUUCAAUCAGAUUCGAAACAUAAAAAAAUCUACUCUCCGUCUGAAAGAAGCAUUACUUGAAAAUAAUUUAGCCAUGCCUUUGUGUAUUCUUAUGGCACAGCAGCGGAAUUGUAUUGUUUUUCAAAGCGAAAACACUCAUCUCAAAUUGAUUGGCAAACUAUAUGACCAAUGUCAAGAGACAUUGGUUCAAUAUGGAAAUUUUCUUUCAAAUGCAUUGACAAUCGAUGAUUACAAACGGAGGCUACCAUCAUUGAAAGAGUUACUUUUGGACUAUCAUCUUAGUCCCGAUGUUACCUUUUUCCUUAUGCGACCGAUGAUUAGUCAUGAUAUUACUUCAGUAUUUGAAGAACUCGUUGCACAACGAGCAGGCGAAAAAUCCAAGCAAGUUUUAUUCGAAAGUUUUAAUCAGGCCAGUGAAAUGGUAUUGAAUCCAAUGGUAGAAUCGAUAAAACCUGCUCUGAGUAGCCAAGUUUCCAUCGAUCUCAAUCCUAGAUUUUUCAUCAGUUUCUGGACACUUACAAUGUAUGAUCUUCAGGUCCCGGAAAAAAGUUAUCUUCGCGAACGAAACAAAAUCAAUCAACAAAUUCAAAUGCUUGAAGAUAAUAAAGAUAUGGUUUUAAGCAAGAAGCGCAAGGAAAAAGAUCGUCUGGUUAGUAUCAUAACUAAAUUGACAAAUGAAGCUCAGCAACAGAAUGAACAUGUAACAAAAGUAAUUCAUCGUUUGGAAAAUGAGAAAAAACAUUGGUUCGAAUCUAAUGUUAACAAAAUUGAUGUAACUACAAAUUUUCUUCAACACUGUUUAAUACCUCGAUGUAAAUUUACAGCUUCGGACGCCCUUUAUUGUGCUAAGUUUGUUCAUUUUUUACAUUGUCUCAAGACACCCAACUUUUCCACACUAAUCUGUUUGGAUCGAAUUUUUGGAGACAUUUCCAAUACAAUGAGUUCAUGUACCGAAAAUGAAGCAAAUCAUUAUGGACGAUUUUUAUGCGCAAUUCUCGCCAUCGUAAUGCAAUGGCAUAAGGAUAUUAAAGUAUUCGAAGUAGAAUGUGCAAAAUAUCCAGGAUUUGUAACGAAAUUUUGUGAGAAAGAUCCCGUUCAUAUCGACUAUGAAUCGUAUCGCCAUGUAUGCCAUAAAUGGCAUUAUCGCUUAACCAAAGCAUUUAUUCUCUGUCUUGAUUCGGGCGAUUAUAUUCAAAUACGGAAUUCCUUAAUUGUUCUCACUAAAUUAUUACCACAUUUUCCCGUAAUGAUCAGUUUUGCGCAGGCUAUUGAACGACGUUUGGAAAAAAUUCGCACUGAAGAAAAAGAAAAGCGACCUGAUUUGUUUGUAUUGGCCACUGGAUACUCAGGUCAAUUGAAAUCCCGAAAAGGAACAUUCAUACCUGAAAGUGAAUUUCAUGAAAAGGAGAGUAAAAAGAUGCAGUCAUCGAAUUCAUCUUUUCAUCAGCAGCACGCUCAACAGCAAAAAGAUUCUGAUGGUUCUCAACAUCAAUCGCAAACAAAAUCAGAACCGACGACCGCUGAAAUAAAAAAGGAAUCCUAUCGUGUUGAAGAUCCCCAGAAAAUCUCUAGCAGCAGUAGUAAUAAAUCGAGUAAAAGUAGUUCAUCGAAAAUAUCAUCCAAUCGAAUUGUCGAACCAGAAACCACGAUGGAAUCAUCAUCGAAGAAAUAUAAAUCUGAAUCGAUGACUCGAAUGAAAAAAUCCGAAGAAAAAUCAUCUACCUCAUCAAUUUCAAGUCAAUCCAGCGUUGUUAAUUCUAAGGAACAAUCAACAAUUUCUUCGAUAAAAAUCGAAUCACGUGCAUCAUCCGCAUCUAGUUCACCUAAGCGUGGUGAUUACCGUAGCAACAAAGAUGAUAUUGAUGGUAACAGUAACAAUGAUUACCGUAAACGAAAAUUGGAACACACUAGAGGAUCAUCGGAGCGUGAUAUGACAAUAAAUGACAAACGAUUCAAAGAAUCGGAAAUAGCGCAUCCAGCAUCAUCAUUGUCAUCAUCAUCAUCAUCAUUGCAACAACCAACUAGAUCAUCAUCACGCGAAAAGAAAUCAUCAUUACGAAAAAGACAGACCAAAGAUUCCAUACCAUCAUCCACCAUUCAAGAAGUUCCAGAUAUGAUGAAACCAACACGUAAAACAAAAGAUGAUUUGUCGGGCUCAAGUAGAAAGAAUGCAAGUGAAAGUUCCUCUAGUAGUAGCAAUAGUAAACGACCAUCAAGACGUUAUAAAACCGAUGUGGACAAAUAAUAUAAACAAUGGAUCAAGUUUUUUGUUUUUUGGCUUCGGAUAUGGCUUCUAUCAUG